AUGAAUUCAUACGUUGUAGAGGCAAAUUGGAUUAGAAGGCUUAGGCAAGUGUUAAAGUAGGAGAUACCUGAAGAAACAGAAGAAGAUAAAACUUUUAAGAGAAUAGAAAAGGCAAAAGCAGGUAAGGAGAAAAAGAGUUAAAUAGAUAACUUUAAUAAUAAAAAUUAAGAUAUAAGUGAUGAUUCUUCUAACUCCUCUUCUUCUUUUGAUUUAAAUAACUUAGUAGAAGAAAAUGAGAAUUAGCGAAAUGCAUAUAUGAAGGUAGCUAAUGCUUUUUUGGAGCAAGAUUCAGAUAAAAGUGAUAAUGAAAUUUAAAAAUUAAAUAAAGAAAAUGAAUAGAGGCUUCAAAAAAAGAUAGAAAAUCAUUAUGAGUAAGAGUUCGAAACGGAAUUUUAAAUAAAUAAGCUCAGUAUAGACAAUAAUCCUGUUUUAGAUGUAGUAGAAAUGAACGUCUUUGACAGGAUAGCUCUCUUUCAAGCAGUUACAAUAUUUGAAAAAAUUUAUAAGCAAGUCUGGUACAUCAAAGAAAAGAUUAGCUAUAUUUGCUUUUGCAUAAUCAACCAUAACAUAUUUACUGUGAUUUCCUUGAGUGUAAUUAUAUUUAAUUCAGUUAUGUUGGCAAGAGAUGAUCCUACAACUAACAGCGAUAACAACCCAGCAAUAGAUCUCUCGCUACUAGUCAUUUACACAGUAGAGAUGGGCCUAAAAAUUUUAGCUAUGGGUUUCAUAUUCUCUAAAAAUUCAUAUUUGAGUGAAGGAUGGAAUGUUUUGGAUUUUGUUAUCAUAGUUACUGGAUGGCUCCCUUAUGUAAUUAAUUCUAGUUCUUUUAAUUUGACAGCCUUGAGGUCUCUGAGAGUGCUUCGUCCUCUAAGAUCAAUAAGCAAAGUGAAAAUUCUGAAUUAACUUGUGACAGCCCUAUUUACUGCUAUACCUCUUUUGAAGGAUGCUUUUAUUAUUUUAUGCUUCUUCUUUGGUGUUUUUGGUAUAGCUGGUCUGCAGCUCUUUUCUGGCUAAUUAAAAACUCGUUGCAUUGAUAUUUACACUGGAAUUAAAUUAGGUGAUGAGAACAAUAAUUUAUUUGUUUGUGCUUAAGAUGGAGAUUGUCCUAUUUAAUAAGGUAUAAGCUACAUUUGUGCUAAAGGAAUGGUAAGUCCUAAUAGUGACCUAUAUAACUUUGAUACUUUUGGGUGGUCUUUACUAAAUGUGUACGUAGUAGUUAGUAAUGAAGGUUGGUCUACGAUCAUGCAAUUUGUGAUGGUUGGUUUUAACUUUUUUGCCUUUAUUUAUUUCUUCCUAAUUGUAUAUCUUGGUACUUGGUUGCUUGUUAAUUUAUGUAUGGGUAUUAUAGCUGUUAAAUAUAGUGAAUCGAUAGCUAAUUAGAGUAUCUAGUCAUCUAUUAAGGGUAAUCAAGAAGGAUACAAUAUGCAAAAUCUUAUUAGAUGGGGAAUUUACAAAUCAAAUAAAAUUCUUUAUAAAGAGCUAGAUGAGCAGAAGAAGAAGAAAAAAAACUGGUUUGAUUUAAGUUUUUCAAUGAGUUCAUUACUAGCAUCUUACAAAAGAAAAAGUUAAAAGUUUGAAACUCCUCAAUUAUAAGGCAUAGGAAGUUAGGAAUAACAUCAUUUGAAGCACAGUAAAAUUCUUCCGUUAGAUUUAAAUACCUAGACUGAAUCAAAGAUAUAUCCUAAAACUGAAAACGAUUAGAAAAUAAACCAAAAUGAAUAAACGCCUAAAAUUAAUUUGAUAGAGAAAACUCCAAUAAAUGAAAAUUAGCAAGAAGAGCAAAACAAAAAUAGCGAUGAAAAAAACAGUGUUAAUAAAAAGUAAGCUGUAUUGAAUGGAAACGAUAACCGUUCAAAUGGAAAUUCUACCCCUUUAUCUGCUAAAGUUCAGUUAUCCUUAGGGAUUAUUCGAUAAAAUUCUAACUUAAACUAAUUAAACGAAGAUGCUAAAAAUUCUAAUAAAAAAUAAUAUGAGCACAGUAAAUAUAAAAGUGAUAAGUAAAAAACGAAAUUAAUUGUUUAAACCACAGAAAAAAAAACCUUAAAUGGGAUUGUUGACCCUUCUAUUUUAGCCAACAAACUUGAAUUCAUAAAGACAGAAUAAAUCUAAUAAAAAAAAACUUCAAAAAAAUUGAUCUCAGCUUCAAAGGAUAUGCAUCCUAAAGUAGAAAGUAGCUUCUAAAGGUACUACGAAUUAUAGAACCAAAAGAUGGAUCAGAAAAAGCUAAAUUUUGCUCCUAUUCAGAAGCAAAAACCCCAACAGUAGGAAUAAAAACCAUCUCUUAACAAAAUUUAAGCUGCUCAUAAAGAAACUAACGAGGGAUAACAAAUAUCUAGGAAAAAAUCAAAAAAUGGCCAUGAAAUUAGAAGAGCCUCUAAGAAACUAAAUAAUAUGUUUCAGUUUUAAGAAAAUUUUAAAGAGGAGGAAGAAGAAAGUGAUGAAGAUUUUUUGAUGUAAAUAGAAAAUUGUAAAGAAUUUAACAAUUAAAAUGGUAUAAAUUAAAAUGAUGAUUAGUAAAUAGAAGAAAAUUAUUUAAAUUAAAUUCACAACACUUUAGCUUUUUAAUCUUUAAAGUAAAAAAAAUUGGAAAAAAAGAAAUAACAUGAUCCUAAUUUAGAGAAUAAAAAACGAGAGAAUAAUGAGAUAGCUAUGUACUCUCAUUCUUAAGAUUCUAAAGUUAAAAAAAAUUCAGAAAAUAGGUCUUCAUCUCUCAAUAUUCAAAAAAAGAAAGACUUUACAUUUAAAAGAGGUACAAAGGAAAUAUCAAAUUCAAACAAUACAAAUAAAAUGUCUUAGAAUACAGAAACAAACAGUAACGAAGAAUCUUUAUCAGAUAUUUCUGAAAUGUCAUUCCUUGUUUAAGAAGAUUAAGAGUAGGAAAGAAAUGUAAAACCUUAGCUAAACAGAAAGAGUACUAUGCUAAACAAUAUGUUCAAUGAGUUAGAGAUUUAAGUGUUAAAAAAUAAAAAGUUAAAUUUUGAAAAUAAGUAAAAAAAUGUUCAAGGGCAAGGGCACAGAAAAUCUACCAAGAAUGUAAAAUAGGUGACAGAAAAGUAUGAAUCGUUAUUAAGUUAAGAGACUAAUAAUAUAGAGUAGUAACUCUAAAGUAAAAUUAAUAAAUAGAUAGACUAGAAAGCAGAAGAUUUUAGGUUGUUACUAGAUACUAAGUAUUUGAAACCUAGAGUUAUCUAUGCAGAAACAAACGAUUACACCCCUGAGAUACUUCCUACUAAGUUAUAAAAGCAGACAGAGUUAUUUUUAAAAUCUCAAGAUGAAAAAAUGAAAGGAAUGAGAUUUAGGUUAAAAUAAUAGUCAAGCUUGGUUUUCAAGAAAGAAAAGGCAUAAAAAAAAUUGCAAUUCAAACUACCAUUCUCUAAAUCUAAAAGAGUAGAAGUUUUGUAGGAGGAUCUCAUAUUAGAUGCAAUGCUGGCAGGAAAAUUUACAACAGAUAAUUAAUCAAUUAAAUAUUCAAAGCAAGCAGAUUAGAAGAAUGAUCUACAAAGCUACGAUAGUCCUAAUCCCUUUAGACAAACUAAAAUGAGUGGAUUUAUGCAGAAGACAACACUUAACAAAGCAUUUUCUUCAAAAGAGGAAGAAAAAAACAGCGUCGCUUUGUAUAGUUAACCAAAACAACUUAUGCCAUUUAGUCCUAAUAUAAAUGCUAAAUAAAUAUUUUUAAAACAGUAAUUUAACUUCGAAUCUAAUAUUUAGUCAUAAGUGGAUGAUAAAAAAGCUUAGAGUAUAGUCAGCAAAUAAGAUAAUAAUUACUAGAAAGACCUUAACAAUUCUAUAAAUUAAGAUUUAGAUGCCUUAAAUAGUCCUUCAAACCAAGCAAAAAGUGUUAAAGACUAUUCUGAAAUUAAAGAUUCACCAAGAAAAGAUGGCAAAAAAGAAAUUUUCAUUAAUGGAGGAGAAGACAAGAAUGAUAAAUCAGUAAGAAGUAGUAAAAAUGUUUCCAUAGUUUAAUCAAAUGAAUAGGAUUAACAAAAUUUUACUUCAAGAAUGUAAAGUCUGAGAAAUAGAAAUGAUAGCAACUAAUCUAAUUAAGACCAACUUAACUCUUCAUUACGCUCAAAAAUUAUUGCCAAGCCAACUGAUAAGAAAUUGAAUACAAGUGGAGCUAUUUUUUAGCAAAAGAAAGGAAAAAAUUAAAAAGGUGAUGAAGUGGAAAACUAAUGGGAUAUCUAAAAGGCAAUCCAAAAAAUAUUUACAGAUUAAACAGAACUAGAAAAGGAUGAGCAACAAUAACAGCAAGAUGAUUAAGAUUAAAAGCAGACCAAUUUGAAAGGUUAAAAAACUUAAGUCUAAUCAACCAAGGCAUAGCAAUAGAAAAAUACUUAUGAUGUUAUGAUGUAUUAAUUAGAGUAAAAAAUUAUCAAAAAAGCAGAGAGGUAAUUAGAUAUCUUAAAUAAAUCUCCGUCAAUUCAAGCACCUCAAGCUGAUAACAAAAGUGUGAAAUCAGUAGAUACUGUUUUAACAACAUAGAAUUCAAUGAAUGAUGAAAAUGAUGCUAACUCAACACAAAAAAAUAUUUUCUAAAACCAACAGGUCGAAGCUUUUGACUUUGAAUAGUUUUAAUAAGAAUCUGCUGAAUACAAAUAUUUAUAACAAAGAAAGAAAGAUAUUUAAAAUUUUGAAAAAAAAGGAAUAUGUGAAUUGAAAGUAUAAACAUCUGCAGAUGAUGUAUUAUCUAUAAGUCUCAAAUAUAAAUAAUAAGAUGCUCUCAGCAAGGUCUUGGAUACAAUUAAUUGUAGAUAAGAUAUCAUAGAAUAAAAUGAAGGAGGAAUUAUAGGAAUAAUUUAAGCUAUCAGAAGAAGGGUAAAAGGUUUCGUCAUGCACCCUGUUUUUGAAAAUUUGAUAAUGCUUUGUGUUUUACUUAACACUGUUGUCCUUUGUAUGGAUGGAAUUAUACCAACUUCAAGCGCUUAUAUUUUAGAUACUUUUAACCUUAUUUUUACAAUUCUUUUCGCGAUUGAUAUGGGUCUAAAAAUAAUUGGUAUGGGUUUAGUUAUGUAUGCUUCUGAUAAAAUGAAUAUUUUUGAUGCAGUUAUAGUAAGCUUGUCUAUUUUUGAAUUGAUUUUCUUGAAUGGUACAAGCUCUGUGAGCGCUCUUCGUUCUAUUAGAAUUUUAAGAGUCUUCAGAGUACUGAGAGUAACAAGAUUACUUAGAUCCUUGUAAUUCAUGAAGAUUUUAGUCACUGCCAUUUCUUCUACUUUAGAAUAAUUUAUAUAUAUUUUGUUAUUAUUAUUUUUAAUUAUGUUUAUUUACGCUCUUUUGGGAAUGAGCUUGUUUGGAGGUAAUUGGCCAGUUUAUAAUUCAAAUAUCCCUUCUAGAUUAAACUACGAUUAAUUUAUUAAUGCUGCUUUUGCUGUCUUGGAUCUGCUCACAUUAGAAAAUUGGAAUGAUUAGCUUACAAACUGUCUAAUUUCAAAUGUUAGUAAUUAUGUAUGCACAGCUUACUUAAUUUCAAUGAUUUUCAUAGGAAAUUACAUACUCUUAGGCUUAGUUCUAGCUAUUAUGCUAGAUUCUUUCAAUUCUGCUGAAGUUUAAAACGACAGACAGGAAAUAGAAAACAGGUUUGAGAUUGUUUAGGAUUUAACUUUUGGACAUACAAGCAUGGGUACAACUUUCAUGAAUAAUUUAUCACAAAGUAUGGGGAAUUAAUCAUCUAACAAUAUGAGCAGAAUUUCAGGUGGUAUUUAACAGAGUGGUGGUUUACAGAGAUCUGCCACACUUUCAAGACAAGUAAUCAAUAAAUUAAGCUAAUCCAAUGACUCAGGCCAACUCGACAAAUCUAAAUCUAUUAUAGGAGGGGAUGAUCAUAGUAGUAGUGAUAGAGUAACUUCUAUAAAUUCAGAAUCAAAAUUAAAGCAGGAUAAUAAAAAAAAUAAGAAUAAAUUUAUAUGGUUCGAAGGUGUUGAGUGUGAGAAGUCCUUGUUUUUAUUUUCAAAAGAGGGAAAUUUUAGAAAAUCUAUUUAUUACAUUUAUAAGCACGCCAUGUUCGAAAAAAUAGUUUUAUUAAUAAUUAUUUUAACAUCAUUUAAACUUACUUUCGAUACUUAUAUUGGUACAGCAGAUGUUACAGCCACAUAAUUUAGUAAUGAUGCCGAUUUAUUUUUUACAAUAUUUUUCUUGUGUGAAUGCCUAAUUAAAGUUAUUGCUCUUGGAUUCAUAUUAGACGAAGGUUCUUAUUUGAGAGAUAACUGGUGUUAAUUAGAUUUCUUUAUAGUUGUUAGUAGUUUAGUAGAUCUUAGCUUAUCAUCAGUAAACUUAAAUGCAAUUAAAAUACUUAGACUUUUAAGAACUCUUCGUCCAUUAAGACUUUUAUCUCAAAAUAAAUCAAUGAAGCUAAUAGUAACUGCGCUCAUGGAAUCUAUCGGCGGUAUCGCUAAUAUGAUUAUAGUUGUGCUUCUAAUUUGGCUUAUGUUUGCUAUCCUUGGUUUAAAUUUGAUGUAGGGAAAGCUCUUUUAUUGUAAUACUACUGGAGCCGCUCUAUCUGGGUCAUACAAUGUCUACAAUUACCCAAAGAAAUAGUGUGAGCAACUACCAGGGGCAUUUUGGGAUAGAUAUCCAAACAACAGCGACAACAUAGGAUUCAGCAUGGUUAUGCUUUUUGUACUCUCAACAUUUGAAGGAUGGCCUAACUAUGUUUGGUAUUAUUUAGAUGGAAGUGAUACUGGUCCAGUAUGGAAUAAUAGUAGAUAUUUUGGAGUAUUCUUUACUGUUUUUAUAUUUGUUGGAAGCUUCUUUUCUAUCAACUUAUUUACAGCCAUUAUAUCCUUUAAUUUUGAUAUUGCCACUAAAAAAGCUAAAAAUGCAUUUUUGACAGAUGACUAGUCUUAGUGGAUAGAACUUUAAAGACUUAUAGUCAAAUCUACACCUGAUUAUGCUUCCAUGAAACCUCCUGAUAACAAUUUUAGAAAGAUAUUAUGGAGAAUAUCUGAAUCACCUAAACUUGAUAUAUUUAUCAUAUUCUGUAUUAUUGGAAAUGUUGUGGUGAUGGCUAUGGCUUAUGAUACAUCUAGUUCUAAUUAUGAUUUUAUAUUGCAAUCAGUUAAUCUGGGUUUUACUGGUGUUUUUAUAGCAGAAUGUAUCAUAAAAAUAAUUGCUUAUGGCAUUUAGGGUUAUUUUUAUAAAGGUUGGAAUUAAUUUGACUUCUUUGUAGUUUGCGCUUCUGUUGUAGACAUUAUUAUGAGUUAUUCUGGAAAAUCUUUUUUCUCAUUUUUGAAAGCUGGUCCUUAAAUUGCGAGAGUGCUAAGAGUGCUGAGAGUUUCUAGACUUUUAAAGUUGAUUAAAUCCUUUUAAGGGUUGUAGAAGUUGAUUUAAACAACAGUAUUUGCCUUCCCUAAAUUCUUGAAUGCAACAUUACUAUUUGUUCUCUUUUAUUUUAUUUUUUCUAUACUUGCUUGGUUUUUGUUUUCAGAUUUGCAAUCGGGAUGGAGACUCAGUACUUUUUGGAAUUUUACAAAUUUUCACAGGGCAAUUAUUCUUUUAGUUAGAAUGAGUACUGGAGAGGAUUGGUAUCUUGUUAUGUAUGAUACAUUUAAUGCUAAAGGAGUAAUUGGAUUGAUAUUUUUUGUAUCUUUCUACACCGUUUAAUCAUAUAUUCUCAUGAACUUGUUUGUCUUGAUUAUCAUGAAUGAGUUUGAAGAAAACUAUAUCAAUCCUGAUAAUCCUCUUUCUAACUUUAAUGAAUAAGAAGAGUAAUUUAAAAAGAGAUGGGUUUAGAUGACUUAAAAGGACAGCGGUAUAAAAAUACAUGAAAAAUAUUUAACUGAAUUUUACUUUGAGCUCCCUGCUCCAUUAGGAUUUGAUUUUCUACGUAAAUCUGAAGACUUUGUUGAUUAAAUCAAAUCUAGGGAUAAUAGUAUCACCCAUGAAGAAAUAUAAAGCAGACUUGAUAGAUUCAGGAUUAGGCAAAGAUAAGAAGCUGAUAAAAAUAUUAUGAAAAUGAAUGUUUUUUGUGACUAUGAAGGAUAUAUAUAUUUCAAUGAUCUUUUUUACUAACUAUUCAAAUUUUCUUUGUACAGCUCAGUUUAUGAGCUAGAUGUAAACAGCUAAGAGGAUCCUAAGGCUCUUUAGAGGCAUAAUACUGCUCUAGAAAUAUUGAAAAAAGAAGAGAAAGUUACAUGGAAAAAAAUAGGCAUAAUUAAGAAGAAGCAAUCAAGUUUAUUGAAGGCAAAGAUUGUUCUAUAACGCCAAUAAGGUGUUAAUCCUAUGGUAAGAAGAUUGUUUGUUGGAAUGGCAUUUAAGAGUUGGCUCUAAUAUAGUAUCAGAACCUAAGAUAAUUUAAAUCAAAUUAACUUCAAUAAAGAUGAUAUAUCUAGCCAAACAGACUCUGAAAAUAGCUAGGAUGAAAAUAAUGAAUAAAUAGAUAAUUUUUAUUUAGAUGAAUCAUUUGAAGAUGGAAUUUAGUUUAAAAAAUAGAAACCAGGUAUUAUUAAAAGAGAACAUACAAUUACUUUUAGACCUGGUGGCCUUAAAAAAUAUAGAGAUGAGCAUGAAAAGUAAUAGUAGAUUAAAUAAAACAAAAAAUAUCACCGCUUGCCAAAUGUAGAUGUUUACUAAUAAGACUGCUAUGAUGAAAAAAAUGCUAAAUACUUUGAAGUAGACGAAGAUGAUGUUUAUGUUGAAACUAAGCAUUACAUUUAAGAAGAAACAGGCAGAAAGAGUAUCCUUUAGAGACCUUCAAUUCUUUUUGCUAAUCCUCUUUAACCUAGAAAGAGUGUAUUACAUACAUUAGUAUCAGAAAAAGAUAAUUCUGAUGUUAGAAAAUCAAUAAAUUAAAAGUAUUAAAAUAUUAUGAAAGAAAAUGCAAUAUUAGAAAGUGAUAAUGAACAAAAGUGA